AGCUGACUGAGCUCGAUCCUCCUCGCGUCGAUCUUGUCUCGCAGAGCAACCACAUACACCUGGUGCAGGACAUGGCUUUCUCGGGUGCGCUGACGCUCACUGACCUCAAUGACUUCAUUACCCCGUCCCAAGCUUGUAUCAAGCCAGUAGAGCAAACGAACAAGCCAGAUGUCAAAGACCCGGGUGCAGCCUCUACGGAAAUUCAAGUCGACUCUAGUGGAUCCUACUACGAGGUUACAUCCGAUGGUACUAAGCAGGCGGGAAGGAGACUGGAGACAGCACAGAUAAGCCUCAAUGACUGUCUUGCAUGCAGCGGUUGCAUUACCUCUGCCGAAUCCGUUUUGAUCACAAUGCAAUCCCACACCGAAGUCCUCAAUUUCCUCACCAACAACCCAGACCGGUCUUCUCCCACCCACAAGAUCCCCGUCUUGUCAAUCUCUCCCCAAAGUCUCGCAUCGCUUGCCGCCUCCGUAUCCUCGAGCAGUUCGCACCCAGUCGAUCUGUCGCACGUUCUCCAUCGAGUCAAGGCGUUUUGCAAGGAGGCGCUAGGCUUCGAACAUGUGUUUGACACUACCUUCGCGCGCCACAUCGCGCUCUUGGAGCAUGCGAGAGAGUUCCAGGAACGCAAGCGCGGGGAAGGCAAGCUGCCGAUGCUCGCCAGUGCCUGCCCCGGCUGGAUAUGCUAUGCCGAGAAGACACAUGCAGAGAUGCUACCAUUCAUCAGCACAACGAAGAGUCCCCAGCAGGUCAUGGGUACGCUGGUGAAGGAGUGGAUGGGCGGGAAGUGGGGUAAGAAGCCUGAUCAGAUUUACCACGUCACGGUCAUGCCGUGCUACGACAAGAAGCUAGAGGCGUCACGGCAGGACUUCUACAACGAGCAGUACGCGACACGGGACGUCGACUGCGUCAUCACGACAGGCGAGCUCGAGCUGCUGAUGCGCGAGAAGAACUGGGACCUAUCGAUGGCCGUCGGCGGCGAAGACGCGCCCAAACGCACGCUCAAGCUCGGCUCAACAUCACCACCAGCCUCAUCAUCAAUGUCCCCCGCGACGCCUCUCGGUCUCGGAGAUGGCGACGAGAUUGAGUUGCCCGAGCUGAUCGCGCAUCCAGGCACGAGCUCCGGAUCUUAUCUGCAAUCGGUGAUCUCGAUGGCGGGCGAUGCAUCUUCGUGCGAGCUCGCCGUGCGCACCGUGCGCGGCGCGGACUACGAGGAGUACACUGUGGCGGACCGCGCGACGGGCGCGGUGCUCUUCAAGGGCGCGAAGUGCUACGGCUUCCGGAACCUCCAGAACGUCGUCAGGAAGGUCGGCCGCGACGCGGGCGUCCAGGUCGGACGAGGCGCGGCAGGGCGGAUGGCUGCGGUGCGUGCGCGCGGCAGGGGGAGGAAGACCACGGCAGAUGGGGCGGCACCGGAGGUGGACAAGGGCUACGACUACGUGGAAGUCAUGGCAUGUCCGGGAGGUUGCGUGAACGGAGGCGGCCAGCUGCGGUCACCCGUGCAAGACAAGGACGCGGAGGGCUAUCCUAGAGACUGGGCACAGAACGGUGUGAAAGUUGACGACGACAGCGACACGACUGUCUCUGGACCCAAGGCAAACUGGGGAAGCAAGGAAUGGACGAAGAAGGUCGAGGGAGCGUACUGGGGAGGACUGCCCACGCCACCACCAACGCCACCGAAUGCUGAACCCGGAGAGCCUAAUGGACACCGUCUGCGGCCGUCGGUGAAUGCAGACCUCCUUGCUUCACAGGUUUUGUUCGACCUGUGCAAACCAACUGCUGUGUCGUCUCCGACAACAAGCUGGCACACUAACAUGGAUGACGAGGCUGAAGAGUGGAGACGCAAGUUCUUCCGGACUCAGUACCGGGCUGUCGAAAGCGAGAUUAUCGGACUGGCUGUCAAAUGGUAGACUACCUUGUACUCUUCCACUCCGGAGUCGCACACGACUAUUGAAAUCAUUCAAUGAUUGUUAUUAG